AUGAGCUUCACCAUGCACAUGUCGCGACUGUCAUAAGACAACCUUCCUCAAUCACCCACAACACACUCAUACGCUCCCUCCGUCUUCCCCGGCAUUACUUUUUCUACCGGAACUGGUCGUAGAGCAGCCCAUCCGUCGCAAUGGCCGCGGCAGGCCCAACGGCCGUCGAGGACCAGGGCAGGCUUCUGGAGGAAGCCUUGGGUGUGGUGCGCCAACAGUCCCAGCAAAUGCGCCGAUGCCUUGAAACUCCCGGGAAGCUCAUGGAUGCCCUUAAGUGCGGUUCAACCUUGGUUUCCGAACUCCGGACGCCGACCCUUGGACCUAAACAGUAUUAUGAACUAUACAUGGCAGUCUUCGAUGCGCUCAGGUAUCUUUCCGACUAUCUACGCGACUCUCACCCGGUCAAUCACCUCGCAGACCUUUACGAACUUGUUCAGUACGCAGGGAAUAUAAUACCGAGAUUAUACCUAAUGAUAACUGUUGGUACGGUUUAUAUGGGAGUUGAGGAUGCACCCGUCAAAGAGAUCAUGAAAGAUAUGAUGGAGAUGAGCCGUGGUGUACAACACCCCAUCCGAGGACUAUUCCUGCGGUACUACCUCAUGGGUCAAGCGAGAGAUUAUUUACCGUCUGGCAAAGAGGAGGGGCCUCAGGGCAAUCUCCAAGAUUCGAUCAACUUCAUUCUGACCAACUUUGUGGAAAUGAACAAGUUGUGGGUUCGUUGGCAACACCAGGGCCAUUCUCGAGAAAGAGAGCAGAGGACGCAAGAACGGAGAGAACUUGAACUGCUCGUUGGAAGCAAUCUCGUCCGGUUGAGCCAACUUGUCGACUUGGAAACGUAUAAGGCAACCAUAAUCUCUCCAUUGCUGGAACAGGUGGUGCAGUGCAGGGAUGUACUGGCGCAAGAGUAUCUACUUGAAGUCAUCACAAAGGUCUUCCCUGAUGAAUACCACCUUCAUACUCUGGAUCAGAUGCUGUCUGCCAUUGCUCGGCUGAACCCACAUGUCGACAUGAAGAAGAUUGUUAUCGGCCUUAUGGAUCGCCUUUCGACAUAUGCGCAGAGAGAAUCCGAAGGCUCAUCUGAAGAGGACAAGCGGAAGGCGGAGGAGGAAGCGGCCAUCCGCAUGUUGGAGAAGGUCGACCUGAAUCAAGACGCGAAGCCGACGCCUGCUGCCGAGCCAGAGACUCCCAACUCGAAUGGCACCGAGCCAAAAUCACCGACUGAGUCGCAUCCGGUCGAAUCUGAACCAACAACUCCUGCUACUCCAGCUACCAACGGUGAAAAGACUGCCGCUGGUGUUGGGGAGGUGAGGUUAUUCGAGAUAUUUUACGAACAGGUGGUAAGCCUGGUCAAGACGAGAAGCCUACCAAUCCAGGAUACGAUGGCUCUUUUGACUUCUCUCGCCAACCUCGCCCUCAACAUUUAUCCAGACAGAUUAGAGUAUGUGGAUCAAAUUCUGGCAUAUGCUCGUGAGAAGACUGCUGAGUAUGUCGAUUCUGCCGAUCUUCAUUCCGCUGCUACACAAGCGAACAUGCUCAACCUCCUGCUAUCACCAAUUCGUACAUACUUCUCCCUCUUUACUGCGUUAACUCUACCCAACUACCUUCCUCUGUUCCAAUCACAAACCUACGCCACCCGUCGUGCUGUUGCGGGUGAGGUGGCCAAGAACAUCCUACGGAGCCGGAUCAAGAUUACGACGACGCAGCAUCUUGAAGGCGUCCUGUCUCUACUGAAGGUGAUUAUCAAGGAAGGCAUCCAGCAACCUGGAGGAUAUCCUGGUCUGAACCGGCAGAGAGGAGGUGAAUCCGACGAGACGGUCGAAGAGCAGGGAUGGCUUGCACGGAUUGUCCAUUUCAUCGCCGGUGCCGACAACGAUACUCAACUCAAGCUACUACAACAAACUAAGAAAGCCUACGAUGCCGGCAACGAGAGAAUCAAAUACACCAUGCCAGCGAUCAUUACAGCCUCGAUGAAGCUCGCUCGGAAACUCAAAUCACGAGAACACUUUGAUGACAAUUGGCAGAGCCAGUCUUCCACGUUGUAUCGUUUCAUGCAUCAAACCCUGUCACAAUUGUACACUCGGGUCAAUCCAGGUGCCGCCGAACUGUGUCUCCGUCUGUUUGUUGCUUGUGGUCAAAUAGCCGAUCAAUGCGGGUUUGAAGAGUUUGCGUAUGAAUUUUUUGCCCAAGCGUUUACUGUUUAUGAGGAUAGCAUAAGCGACUCAAGAGCUCAGUUCCAGGCUGUGUGCAUCAUUGCUGGCGCAUUACAAACAACUCGAGGCUUUGGAAAGGAGAACUAUGAUACGCUCAUCACAAAAGCAGCCCUCCACGGAAGCAAACUAUUGAAGAAACCGGAUCAAUGUAGGGCUGUUUAUCUGGCCAGCCAUCUCUGGUGGUGUGUUGAGAUACCAGGCAAGGAGGAAGAUCCCAAAGACUUCUAUCGGGACGGCAAGCGUGUAUUGGAAUGUUUGCAGCGAGCACUUCGUGUUGCCGAUGCCUGCAUGGACACUGCGGUAUCAGUGGAGUUGUUCGUUGAGAUUUUGAAUAGAUAUGUCUACUAUUUCGAUCAACAGAACGAAACGGUGACGACGAAAUAUCUGAACGGCUUGAUUGAGCUCAUCCACUCCAACUUGUCAACCACCAACGCAGAGGGUAAUCCGCAGACUCUAGAAAACCCGAAACGCCACUUUUUCCGAACAUUGGACUACAUUAAAUCGAGGGAUUAUGAGGGCGUGGUUACCGAGGCGCGACAGUGAUUUGACGCCCUGGUUGAAUUGUCCUCUCAUGAUCGACUUCUGUCGAUGGCAUAUUAAUGUCGUCAUGGAGAGACACACUUUGACAGUGGUCGAUGGACUUUUUUCAUUCUUUUUCGAACGUAAAAGUUCUCGGUGCAGAGAUGUUUGUAUAGAAAUUGAACAAUUAAAUUUUCUGCCAGAAAGA